CAGACAUUCACCCAGAGGAACCAGCCGCCAGCUGCCGUCAGCCAACACGGUCAACUUCCAUGUUUUAGGGCUCCGCUUCGGGACUUCCUCUGCCUCUGCUGUCCGCCCAAGCCACGAGCCACCAGCUGAUCAGCAUGGCGUCUGAAGAAACAGAAGGGACUCUCACUCCUGUGGAUUUCAUCCAGCUGCAGCAGUACAUGGAAUACAGCAGUUUGAGGGUGAAGGAUGUGAUUAAGGAGUUUCAUGCCGGUGGUCGGCUGGUCCAGCACACGUCUGGGGAGUGCAUCGACGCAGUGGGGUUCUGUCUCUUCCUGAAGACGUACCUAGAGGUGGACGACUUCCCUGCAGAUUUCUGCCAGCGCCUGUUUCGCUAUUUUCAGAAUGUGGAGCAGGAUGGGCCUGCGAGGACCCCGCUGCCCAAAGGAGGUGGGGUCUUUCUCCGCGAUGUGUCCUGUUACUUCUCUGUGCUGGAGGAAGGACAGCCUCGGGAGAAGCUGGAGUUUACUUUCAAACUUUAUGACAAAGACGGCAAUGGACUCCUGGACAGCUCUGAAGUGGAUCGUAUUAUUAACCAGAUGAUGCGAGCUGCAGACUAUCUGGGCUGGGAUGUGACUGAACUCAGACCAGUGCUGAAGGACAUGAUGACAGCGAUUGAUGUGGAUGAUAGUGGCACUGUCACCCUCGAGGAAUGGGUGAAAGGAGGCAUGACCAAUGUGCCUUUACUUGUUCUGCUUGGACUGAAGAUGACAGAGAGAGAUGGGCAGCAUAUUUGGAGGAUGAAGCAUUUUAACAAGCCAACCUAUUGCAACGUGUGUCAGAGCAUGCUGCUGGGUCUCGGGAAGCAGGGACUCUGCUGCAACUGUUGCAAGUACACUGUCCACAGCCAAUGUGCCAACAAGAAUCCUGAUCCAUGUGCUCGUACCUUUGUCAAAUCGAAAAAGGAGAUUGGUGUACCGGUUCAUGACUGGAUCGUCGCUGAUUGUAACGCCAAUAAGUGUCAGGUCUGCCACAAGAAGAUCAAGACAUCAACAGGGAAGCGCUGUGUGUGGUGCCAAGAGAUGCGUCAUGAUGACUGUGUGCUCUCUGGCUUAUCAAAAUGUGACUGUGGGCCACUCAGAGAUCAUAUACUCCCCCCAUGGGCCAUAUAUGCUGUCUCAAAGGAGGAAGACACUAACCUGUUGAAUGUCACGCCCGAUGGCCACAACCUGCAGAUUGCACCAAUUCCAGACACCCACCCUCUGCUGGUGUUUGUAAACCCAAAGAGUGGAGGCAAACAGGGUGAGAGAGUGCUGAGGAAGUUUCAGUACCUACUGAACCCACGUCAAGUGUACAACCUUUCCAAUGGAGGUCCAGCCCCAGGGCUUCAUUUAUUCCGCACCCUGCACGAGUAUAGGAUCUUGGUGUGUGGAGGAGACGGCACGGUUGGGUGGAUCCUGGAUGCUAUAGACAAGGCAGAGCUCCAGGUGCAUCCUCCAAUCGCAGUCCUGCCUCUGGGCACCGGGAAUGACCUGGCCCGCUGCCUGCGCUGGGGAGGAGGGUAUGAGGGGUCCGAUUUGAGAGAGAUCCUAAAGGAGAUCGAGGGGAGCGUGGUGCUGCCCAUGGACCGCUGGAGCAUUCAGGUGAUACCGGAUGACCCCAAAGAGGUGGGAGACCCCGUGCCCUAUGAGAUCAUCAACAACUACUUCUCCAUCGGCGUGGAUGCCUCGAUUGCUCACCGUUUCCACUCCAUGAGAGAGAAACACCCCCAGAGGUUUAACAGCAGAAUGAAGAACAAACUUUGGUAUUUUGAGUUUGCAACUUCCGAGUCUAUCUCCGCCUCAUGCAAGAAAAUAAAGGAGUGUCUGACUAUCGAGUGCUGUGGGGUUCCUCUGGACCUGAGCAACCUGUCUCUAGAGGGCAUCGCUGUCCUCAACAUACCCAGCAUGCAUGGCGGCUCUAACCUUUGGGGAGAGGCAAAGAAGCCAGAUAGAGGCAGCAUCUCAGAGGAGGAGCCUUGCGAGGUUAUCACCGACCCUGAGCUUCUUAAAAUGAGCUGUCAAGAUAUGAGUGACAGGCGUUUGGAAGUGGUGGGGCUUGAAGGGGUCCUGGAGAUGGGUCAGAUCUACACUGGGCUGAAGAGCGCUGGGCACCGACUGGCACAGACCUCCCAAAUAACCAUCAGGACCAACAAAUCUCUAGCCAUGCAAAUUGAUGGGGAACCCUGGAUGCAGCCUCCUUGCACUAUCCACAUAACUCACAAGAACCAGGCUAACAUGCUCAUGGCUGCCCCUACGAAGCCAUCCGGCUUCUUUCACCUCAAGUAGAGCAGCUGUUUGAUCAGUGACACCGCACCCUCCAGACCUGUGAAGAACACUGCACAAGAUCACACACACGAUUUCUUUCUCAGCGUAUAAGUGGUAUACUUUUUUUUAAACAUCAUUGUGUAUGUCUUUUGCACAUAAUCCAUGAUCAGAUUUCUUAUUAUUUCAUAACAGACAGCAGCUAGCAUGUAGGCGGUGACCACACUGACUCACCAAAUCACAAAGGUUUUGUGCAAAUUUCUCCACUGUUUUCAAUGAUUUCAGAACAUCAGCACAUGACAGCAAAGUGUUGGAAGCGUUCUUGUAAGCGGAGCGGGUGUUUGAUGUUAAACUCGGCCAGACCUCAACAUGCAGUGUGUUGUGUUUGGCUGGUUAUCACAGCAGCAGUUGCUUUGUGUGCUUGCAGGCUGGUGCACCAUAACGUCUCACAGCGUUUCAGUCUGACCGGCGUCGUCGUGUGCCAACACAGUAGACAUUAAUGUUGUUUCUUUUGCUAAGUAGAGCAGGACACAAUUUCACCUCAAGCUGAAUUUGCAUCCAAUUGGAUAAGCAUUACAAAUUUUUGUGUUGUAUGUUGUGGUAGCUUUUACUGUGGUAAAUGUAAUUAACUUCAUUUAACGUCCCGUUGCGUUUCAUCUGUAAUUCCUUGCACAGCCAGUGAUUAAAGUGGCUCUGUCUCUUUUACCUCACGCUCCAUCACCAUGUCAAACAACGCUAACCUGUAAGUGCACUAUACCUAAUAGAAAUAAUGUAAUAUAUUGUAUGUCAUUGUUUUUUUUACCGUUUCUUAAAUGUGUUGAGAAAACCAUGUGAGAUUUACUCUAUGUGACUGAAUUCGGUUUGAUGAAGAGUGGCUGUUUUUACGGCUGAGUCCUGAAAGUGUUGCUCAGGGGACGUUCAUGGUUUAGUUGAACCUGAACCCAAAACUGGACCAAGAACAGGAACACGGCACAACUAACUGGCCGUCUGGGCCUACAGAUGGUUUAGGCUUCCACCAUCACAUGAAAUAAAACAGAUUACCACUCACAAAAUCCUGUCAUUGUAUUUUAUGCCUCAAGGUGGCUGUAUAGGACGGGAGAAACGUCACACUCCCGAUGACUUGCCUUUCUUGUUUGCUUCAGUUUUCAUGCAGUGAAUGAACGCUUUGCAUCAGCUGAGCAAUAACCACAAAUUACACAGAGGACCCCUUAGACAUAAACUUCAAUUUAAAAAAAAAAAAAAAAAAAAGUAUGGAAUUACACAUAAAAGUGGUUGAAAGUUGCCCAGAAACAUUUAUUUUGUACAAGAGGGGGAAGGAGCAAGUAUUAGUGCCUGGAGGAGGUUUGGAAAAGGGUUUAAAAUGUAAUUUCAAUGGCAUGCGCUUGUGCUCUGUGAAAAUGUUUUUUCUUGUGUGUGUGUGUGUGUGUUGUUGACUGCUCAACGUGCAGGCCAAUUCAUUUUAAACCCAAUUUGAAUGUAAUAGUUAAUAGGUUACUUUUUGUAGACUGUGCUCGGAAAUGUUUCUUAAUCAUAUAAUGAUCAUCUAAGCAGAAACAAGCAGCAUGCGAGCUCCAAGGUGAAAAAUGCAAUGACAUAUUUAGUUGGUUUGUGAGUGGUAUAUCUUUUAUCUUUAAGUCUUUCACUUUCAGGAGUCAGUCUCAUGUACGUUUGUAUGAUAGACCAGAAAAGGUUGAUCAUUUGUACUCUUUGUUUAUUUCAUACCUUGUCUUUAUGUCAGGUUGUUCAGUAGUCGUUUACAUGUGUGUCUCGACUGAUUAUAGGAUCAUUUACAGUGAAGCUCACGCAGCGUCGCAUUGAUAAAAUACAAUGAAUUGGGCAGUUUAAGGCCCAGUCUGAAAUUUCAGUCCACUGAAACACUAUCCAUGACUGUUUUCUGUUUACACAGCAUCUGUCCACUGAAAACAUUGCAUCUCCAGUUUUGGUGAUUGUCGUGUUUUAAUUUAAUUUGAGUGUUCAUGCUCCCCUAAAGUUUCAAAAAGUUGACUGUUUUCCUUAGUUUCUGAAAAGUUGAUAUUAUGAAGAUACAGGUCAGAGGUUUUGCUUGGACAACAGUGAUAGGCAUUUAUUCAGUUUGAAACUAUUUGUCACUGUAAUUUAUUGUCUAAGUUUUCAUAUAUGCAAAGAGCAUAUAUGAGAGCAGAGUGAAACAGGCCUGUAUUUUGAGUUACUGUGUGUUUAGGUUCUAAAAAGCAUUAUUCUCAUCUAAAUGUCAGUGUUUAAAGAACAAAUGGCAAUACAUCCCAAAUUUAAUACAGUGAAAUAAAGUCCACAAUUUACCUUCAAA